AGCGAGGUUUCAUGGGAGAUGACUUCCGUGUUUCUGCUCCGGCUGUCAGAAUUUAUAUUGUUCUGCUUGGUGUUAAUCUCUUCUAAUCUUGAACAACUGUUGGUAACUGUCCUUUCCUUAAGGACAGAUUUCUCAAAUCAGGUAACUGUACGCGUAGUAUGUAAGCUAGUUUUCUUUUCGCGUAAUCGUGGUGCAAUAAUUCAGUGAAUAAUGAAGCUCAAACUUCAAAACAGAGGUUUGCUCUACUUUGUUUAUUCUCUUUUCUAAUCCAAGGUCUCUGCUGUAAAAAAAUGCUUGGUGACAACUUAAAGAUUUUCGUCCACGGUUUACCUCUGGACUGCGAAGAACAUUCCUUAAAAGAUUUUCUUGAAGGUGAAUAUGUAAUAUUGCAAUUGAAAGGAGAGACAUUAAUUUUUUUUUACAGAUUAUUAAUUCUUCCUUAUCCGAAAAAACUGCCAUGAAUGAGCCAGGCCAGGCUUUCUAACCACACCAGAUACUGUAACUCACUCUCAUUUAUUUAACCAAAUAAAAUAUAUUACCUUUCAUGUUUAAUACCUCACGAUCACGCUAUUAAAAUAUUAGCAUUAAGUUUUCAUAGCAAGCACAUACAUCUCAAAAAAGUAGUUUCUUCUUGCAGGGUGUCAUAUUGUCCUGCCAAAUUUCUUCAGAAUAAUAAUAAGUCCUUGUUAAAAUUGUAGAGAUCCUGACAACAAUUAUUGUAGAAAGCAACGACUUAUAGAACAUCCAUUAGAAACCACAUGCUUGCAAAACAAUUGGCAGUCAGGUUCAUCUGUGUAGCAACUUCCAAUAUACAUGCAAGGCUGUGCUCUAAGGAAAAUUCAACUGAGCCCAGUGCUCUGAAAUUGUAAAAUCUGGGGUGCCCAGCAUAUGAUCUGUAUGAAAAAUCUGAGAUUUUCUAGUCGCCCAAGGUCAAAAGUUAGGCGCCAGGGGCCACCGGGCUCUGCUAGAGCACAGCCCUGUACAUGUGUCAUGUGUCGUGUUAAAAAAUAAACAUUAUGACACGUCCUAUUCUGCCAUUGUGUUUUCAAGAGUGGAGUGAGGUAAAAUUUACUGGUAUAUGAAAGUAUAAUGUCAUUAUUUGUUUCACUUUCUAGCUGUGUGUGAUCUUCCUGGUGUGGUAACCAAAGUUAGCAUUCCCUUUAAAAAGGUAAAUUUUUCCAUUUGAAAAGUAAGAUAUUUUUCACUCAUUAAAAAUGGGUUGAAUGUGACAAAAAACGGUUCUUUUCUGUCCAUACAAUCAUUACCACAUUAUCUCAGGUCACUUAGUUUGACUCGCAAUACAUUUUUCAGUCAUUUCAAACUGAUAGAAAAGUCGGGGGUUAUAAGUGGGUUUUGCUAAAAGCAGGCCCGCGGCCCAGCGGCCCGCGACGGCCCGGGGGCCCGAAGGCCCACCGGCCCGCGGCCCACGCGGCCCGGUGGCUCAGUCCUGAUUUUCCAGUUUUUUUGUCCAGUGUUAAAUCCACGCGCAUACAAUGGACGACGGUGAGUUUGAAUUCGUUUACCAUUUAAUCAUUUGAAUCCUUGUUUCUGUUUGUUGCAUGUUGUUCAGAUAAAAACGUUUUCAUUCUCUGUUCAUUCGUCUCUUUACAGAAACCGAUAGCACAAUAGAAGACUUUCAUUAUAGAACGAUGUAAGUUAUUUUCAAACCAUACUUUGAAAGUGAAAAUAUCAUAAGUAAUGAGAUAUGUGAACUGCGAAUCGUUCUCUAUAAAGAGACAUGUCGGUCUGUUUACAGGAACCCCACCCCAAAAGAAGAGCAGGGCAGAGUUUUUCAAACUGUAGUUUGAAAAUAACUUAGAUCGUUUGAGAAUGGACUUCCUCUCUAUCGGGUUCUGUAAACAGACGAAUAAACAGAGAAUGACAACGUUUUUCACUUAGCAACAUGCAAAGAAAGAAAGGGUCGAAUUGGAUUGAAAUGAUUAUUAAAAUGGUAAUAGAAUUCAAACUCACCGUCGUCCAUUUUGCACGCCCAAACCCGAUGCAGAUCUGUGCAUGUGCGAGGAUUUACCGCUGGACAAAAAGACUGUGGAAAAUCAGGACUGGGCCACCGGGCCGCGGGGCCGUCGCGGGCCGUGGGCCGCGGGCCGAUGGGCCUUCGGGCCGCUGGGCCGCUGGGCCGUCGCGGGCCGUGGGCCGCGGGCCGCUGGGCCGCGGGCCUGCUUUUAGCAAAACCCGUUAUAAGUGCUUGAAUCCCAGUGUUACAUAAGAUGGAAAUACACUUAAACCAAGCAUGAAAGUAGAGCUGUGAAGUAAAUGCUUGAAACAUUCACUUCCGUCAGGGCUGUCAUUAAGUUUUGAAUCAGCCGUAACAAAUGAAGAUUCACGCUUAACUUCUCUCAAAAAUUUAUAGUGCCACCAUUAGCUUUUCAGUUUGAUCACCCGUGACAUCAAGUGAGCUCAUCCGUAACAGGUGUUACGGGUUACAGCCUUUAAUGACAGCUCUGUCUGUGACAAAAACUUGAACCAAUGAUCUAAAUAUAAUUCAAAAUUCAAAUUUAUGUGACCUCAAGCUAUAAUUUAUUGUGUUGAUGGUACUGGUUCUUUCUUAAGUCCAUACAGGAAUUACUCCCCCAUGCAUUUACAUUUAAUUCCCUUUUGACAGAGCUACCAUGUAUUUUACGCUGAAUAUAUGUGACCUUCUUUGGGAAAACGUACACUAACGAUAUUUCGUUAUCGUUAGAAAACUAACGGAUAGCUAACGGAUAGCUAACGGCUUUUCUAACGUUCUAACGGUUUGUCCAAACGUUCUAACGGUUUGUUCUGACGUUCUAACGAUUUGUCCAAACGCUCUAACGAUUUGUUCUAACGCUCUAACGGUUCGUUCUAACGCUCUAACGAUUUGUUCUAACGCUCUAACAGUUGAAUUGGUGGAAGUAAUCGAGCGCUAUUCCCUAUUAAGCAAUCUAUUAACGGCUGGUUAGUUCAUCUUGUUGUUAUCAAUGUAUUGAGCGAAAGUUUUAAGUACAGCUGUCGAUCGAUAAACGGCUGAAAAUUGAAAGCAUCAAAAUCACUAGUGAUGUGAUCAACGAGUAAAAUAAUAAUCGAAAUCGACUUGCUCUCGAAACGACUGCGCUUCAAAACAGGCCGUCCAAUUUCUCCUGGAAUGAAACUUCUACUGCAUCGUAUUGACAAGAACUACUGUUUGCAAACACGUAUCUUGACUUGGGACUGUAAUGUUUCCAAAAACUAUAUCAAGCAAGCCCCUCGAUGUCUGAUGAAAGUUUUUCAACAAGAUGCCAGUGACGCUUUCAGAAACAACUUUAUGCAAAUUUCGGUUGAAAUUUGACUCCCGGAAUUUGAAUACGCAGUGAAGCGUUUUUGUGACGGACAACACAUGAAUAAAAGCUGUAUUGAAUGAUUGUAGACUUUUUAAUUACUAGAGAGCCUCAGUUAUUUAGGACUACAAAUCAAAUGGAAAAAAAAUUAAAAUCCCAAACCUUUCCCAGCCCAUGCCUCUGUUCAAUAUCAGCAUAAAAAGCAACUCGCGUGUUCAUUAAUCUUUUUUAUUAUCGACAUUGUUCUAAAACGAUUACAAUCUGUCCUCUAGAAAAAAAAAUUCAACGUUGAAAAUAAAUCCUAAAAAACGCUUACAAAGUUCUUUUUGCACAAUUCUUCCUUAGUUUGCCCUUUUAGCAUACUUGAUAGCACGACAUCUAUCAUUGAUCUUGGCUUUGAUUUGUUUCCACAGUUUAUCUCUUUCUGUAGUACAUUCAACUGGAAAUUUACUGAAAACUAAAACUCUUAGAGAAUUCAGCUUGCUGCUGUCGAGCGGAUGUUUACCGUGGGUCCCAUCAGUAUUGCUUCCUUUGAGUUCUUCAUCACUAAAGAAGUAUGGGAGCAGCUUUACUGCGCAUCUAUGCCUCUCCUUUUCUUUCUGUAAUGUUGCAUAUACGCUUUGCACUUUUCUUGGAGUGACGCAAGUCCGAAUUACAUCUUCUCCCACCGGGAUUUCAGGUCUUUCCAUGAUACUGUCAGCAUUUACGGGCCAUGAUGGUGUUUCUGGGGUAGCAGGGCCUGCUGGCGUAGCUGGGAUGCUGGCGUUGACUUCGUCGUGUUGUAAAGUUGCCGUGGUAUCCAUGUCAAUCGUCAAAAGUUCUUGAUUCGACAACAGGCCGGAAGAGUUGUAGGUCUCUUCACUCCUGAACUAUAGGAAAAAAAAGAAAAAGAAUCGUAACUAUUGUGUUUCCCGUAUUCCAAAGCCCAUUUAUUCGAACUGAGCUGCAUUCACAAGGACAAAAGGAAAAUAAUGCUUACACGGUACGUUAGUUUGAAAUAGGCGUUUCCGAGAGGCCAAACUUAUUGUGUACUAAAUUCCAAGUUUUAGGCCCGGCGUCUAGCUGAGCAGUAACUCUUUCUCAGCUGUAAUUUGACUUAUGCCGAGCGCACUGAAUAAUUUUUCUACAUUUUUUAAAAACUGUGCACUAAAGGAAGUAGCUACAAUAUGCCUUAGCGAGGUUCAACUUUUACGUUUAUGCUUGACCUUCAUACAUUGUCUCUAUUUCAUUCACACACGUAAAAAUUACGCGACAGUGGAAAUCCAGCUUAAGCCUUAUUAUUUAACUUACCACGGUCUCUAAAGAUUCUAGCCGUUGCUCGAUCCGUGAUAACCUGCGCCCCAAGGUCUCCCCCAAUGUGACAAGAGAAUCUUCGAAUCUGUCCAUCAUCUUAAGUCAAAAUAAAUAAAUGCAUAAAUAUAGACACACUUCCAGCAACGAUACAAACUGCAUUUAAUGCUUUGUUUAAAUUAUGCCUUUCUUUCGUUUGAUUUGCGGCCCAUACAAGUUUGGUUGUAUUCUGCUGACAAGUAAAGCACAGAUCGGUCAAUGGUUUUGCCACAACAACGUUUGGACAAAACUGCUGCCAAAGAUCGACGAAUUUGCUGUAGCUAACGGAUUGUUCGCCAGAAGUCUCGCAAGUGGCAGUGUACACACGCCAAACACUCAUUUUUGUUUCGCUUGAAGACAACACCUUUACAUCCUCGGACUUGAAUCCAGGUAUUCUUCCAGGUAGAACAAAUGCGUUCUCUUCUACGUAAUUAGUUAGAAAAUUAUGAACGUUCUCUGUGGUUGACUGGGGAAGAGUGUUACUGGGAAGCCUUUUGGUGUUUCCAUGGGUUCGCGGAUAGAUACCAUGCGUCUCGUAAUGUUCCUUGAGUCGACGAAGUCGAGAAUAACUUAUACCAUAAAGGUGAAGAAACAUCUCUUUGCAAAUCAGGACAGACUGAAACUGAUACGUGCAUCUUGAAGUUCCGUUUCUCUUAGUUCCAACGUAGUCGUUGCGUGUGAAAGCUUGUAUGUUGGCUAAAAUUAUCAAGUCGAGCUCUCCACUUGUCAACUCGAGACAGUUAUUGAGAUUAAAUAGCACCGUUUCUUCUCUAAAUUCUCUUGAACAGGGACCCCCUUUCGAACCAGGCGAACAUCCACAGCCUUCACGUAGGAAUUUUUUAGCUCUCUCGAUUACCGCGUUAGGAGUUUCUUCUCUCACUAUACUUUCGGUGUCUGCCAUACUUUGUCACUUUCGUGUAAUGCACGCGAGUAAACAAGUGCACGCCAGUUAAAGCAUCAUUUGUUGUCAUGGAAAUUAUACAUUUGCGUGCCGAUUCCGCUUGGGACUUGGGGACAGUUUUGUUGUUUAUUGAACACGAGCUGCAGUGAUAUUGCGAUAUUCUCUUAUCUAUUUUUUGUCUCUUUCUGUCGCCGCUUUAAGCCCAGACGAGCGGCUCCCACAUUACAUUAAAGCGGCAUUCAAUCGAAAUUAAGUUUUAGGACGGUUACAUAUACUUGGCAAAGUCUGCCACACAGCCACAGCCAUUCUUUGUGUUGAGCGUUGCGUGACGACACAAAGAACUGUUGUGUAGCAGAACGAAAAGUUGUUUUAUUUCGUUUAAGUCUAUCUUUUAAAAAGUACCAAAAAAGGAGAAGGACAUAGAUACAACCUGAAUAAAUGAUCUAAGAAAUCUCCGAGUCAACUGAGUGUACCGUUCGUAUCGAGAUCGAAAACGGAACAAUCUGAUCAAUAGUUGUAGAUGCAAGAAAAAUUUGCAUAUAUCAUGUGUAAUUUCAAUUAACCAACAAUGGAUCUUGCUUGCUUGCAUCUUUUCAUUUAAAAAUACACACAACAGUAACGUUUCUAAAGGCAAAAAGACGGGAAGAAGGUCAUGACUUUUAUACCGAAGGUUUUCCUGCAACCAUUCAAUUCAUUCGAGAUCAAUUAGCGGAAGUCUGCAGAGAAGCGGAUUUCAAGACGUGUGCUUGUUUGUUUACUUCUUAUCGUCGGUAUCUUUUGCCUACAGCCGACGACCAAGCAUUUUGAUAUUAAUUUUUCGUUUCAAAAGCGAGAACGGGUAGGGAAUUGUGUCGCUCGCUCACUGGACGUUGGGAAACGGGUUUGGCAAGAAUCACUAGUUUCAGGUGCCCGAUGCGGGCUCCUUGUUUAUAAUUUCGUCGCCCGCGGGCGAAUAAAAUUAAUCGUAGAAACCUCUGACGACAGGGCGCCCAUAAGGCAGCGGCCUUGAUCAGCAAAGCAAUAGAAUCGUCAGUUAACGCUUUAGUUUCCUGGACUAACGCUCUAACGGAUACAACUAACGCUCUAACGAAUAUACAUGAGUUGCUAACGAAUUGACUAACACCUCUAACGGAUACAACUAACGCUCUAACGGCUACGGAUGAGUUGCUAACGAAUUGCCUAACGCCUCUAACGAUUUUCAUUGAAUCAUCUAACGGAUGACUAACGGACAGCUAACGGUCUAACCGUUUAACGAAAUAUCGUUAGUGUACGUUUUCCCAAAGAAGGUCACAUAUUUAACUUUUACAAGUGGUUAGAAUUGUUUUAUUUUCUAAGCAUCUAAUUUAUUAACUUGUCAUUGUUUCUUUAUGUUACAGUUUCAAUUUUUGUUUUGUCUUCUAGAGUUUUGCUUUUGUGACUCUCUCUAGCCCUGUGGCAGUGAAAUGCUUGCUGGGAAAUGUAAGUAUUUGUGAAAAAAAUGUGAAUUUCUACCAGGGAUAUUAAAUAUUUUAUGAUGUGCCCUCAAGUUGUGAAUAUAUGAUAUUUGGAAGUUGCUGGACUUGUUUGUAGCCAUGCUGGACUGACAGUCUACAUUACUCUUUACAAUAACUGAGCGAAUCCUCGUGCACUGAUUAGUCGAGAGCUAUGGUCUAUGAGAGUAUAGACCUUGGAAAUGACAUAACAUGUCAUGCAGUGCCAGUUGUUUUAUUUUUGGUUUUUGGUAAAAAAAUAAACAUCAUUGUGAAAAACAAAUCGACCACAAUUUCCCAAGGUGUACACUCUUACAGACCAUAGAAAUGAUGCCAUAAAAUGUUCAAAACUUUGCAGUGAAACCACUUGCCUGCAGUUCGUGGUUCCACUUGAGUUUGAACAUUUUAUGACGUAAUUUCUAUUGUCUAUUUAACAAAUAGACUAUGGAGAUGAUCUAACAUGUCACACAGUGCUGGUUUUUUUGUUUUUGGUUUUUUGUAAAAAAAUAAAUGUUAUUUUAAAAAACAAAUCGACCACAAUUUUCCAUGGUCUAGACUCUUAUAGACCAUAGAAAUGACACAAUAAAAUGUUCAAAACUUUGCAUUGAAACGACUCGCAUGUGGCUUGUGGUUCCACUUAAGUUUUGAACAUUUUAUGGUGUCAUUUCUAUGGUCUAUUAGAGUGUAGACCAUAGAAAAUUGUGGUCGAUUUGUUAAUUCUGCAGCAAGUGUAAAUCUUUGUAAAAGCCUCCAGAGUAACAGAGAAUAAGAAUUAAUGGAUGAUGAUGCCAUUGAUCAGCCAAAGGUCGGAUUUUUAUAUCUUUUAAAACUAACAGCAGUUCAAGGCCUCAUUUGAUCAUUUUAAUUUUUCAGUUACAGCAGAAUAAACAGAUGAACCUUAAACUAACCCCUCCUGUCUACAACUGCAUUCUUUUCACCAGAGGCUCCACUAGCUUUUGUCCUUGGAGCCAAACAGUCAAAGGUUCACUCUUGCUUUAACCCGUCCAUAAAUGGGAAUAGAGAUUGGCUGAACUGGAUGUCAAUCAAAUUACCUCAGGGGGUAAUUUUAAUAACUUUCAUGAAUCAAAAUAGGUCAAAGCAGUAACAAUCAGGAAUUGAAAAUGAAUGUGACAGCUGUUAAUAGUUAACACCAAUCUGAAAAAUACAACCCCUGUAGAUAAAAUAUGUGGUGAACUUCUGUACCAUUUUUAGAAUAUCCCUCUAGAAUAUCCAGAAUGCGGUGGGCUCAAUUUCGCUUAAUUAUGUUAAAUCUCUGGGGGGUCCUUUCUUAAAAGCAAGGGAGAAUGUGUGGUUCCAGAAAAUAUCCAUACUCCACCACGGAGGGAAUUUCACUUAGGACCCCCCCACCUCCCUGAAUUUUCCAUAUUUCUAAGGAACUAAUGACCCCCCACCCCACCCCUUCAGAAUUUCCACAAAGUAAGACAAAGACCCCCAAACCCCUCUGGAAAGUUUAUUUUCACGAAAAAAGAUUAUCAAAGUAAAGAAUGAUGCAGUUUGUGGUUAUGCAAUGUAUGGUUUUUAUUUAAUUUUAUUGAGCGGUCUCGAAUUAGAACACAGUAAACUACCAACAAAGCAACCUAAACUACAAAAUAUUGCUUAUCCUUUUAAAUGAAAGAGAUAAAGUUGUAUCUGUCAGUUUACCUUGGUGUGCCAGCUUACGUUUUUUUUUCCAAAUGUAACGGCAGGUAUCUGUCACCAUGGCCGUAAUGUUGAUGGAAUUAACCUGAAUUAACGCCAUUUGAGCGUGAAUACGAUCGUGAACAUGUCAAACUUUCAACCACAAAAUGAAGAAAAAAUGAAAAGGAGAUUAAAAACUCUAGAUGCUGAAAUCGUCACAUCGUAUACCUUCUGCUUGUGCUGCGAAACUUUCGCUGAUGUACUGCUUUUCUAUUGACUGACACGACGCGGAUAUUGAAGAAACAUAGCUAGUCGCCAGUGCUUUUGUACCGAAACUAUGUAACCACACUUUUAUGCGUUUAUGUCUCUAUGGAGACUGGUAAUAAGUAAUGGCAGUCAAUAUCACGCACGCAACAAGUAUAGUUUUUGUCGGCCUAAUAGGGACCUAAUUCCUUUGGAUUCACAUACAUAAUGUUUUUAGAAGCAAGGAAACCUGGUUUAGUUUUAUACAGUGAAACCUCCAUUAAGCAGACACCUUUGGGACCUUCCCAAGUGUCCAAGAGGGUGUUUGCUGAAUGGAGGUUGUAAAAAUUGCGCAAUGUUUGUUAACGAUCAACAAUCAAUGGUUAAUCUGUACUGUGAUAAAGUUGCAUGUUGUUAAAGAAGCUAUUCAGAGUUCAAGUUCAUUACCUUUCAUUACCAACUUUAAUUUGUUCGUAAAUGUAAAAACAUUAACUGACUUCAGCAUGAAUUUCAAGGACGUAAUCCAAUACUACUAUUGUCAAUUCAGUCCGGUGUCCACUUAAUAGAGGUUUUUAACAAUAGAAAUUAGCCAAAUACAGCUUAUUUUAGUGUCCACUUCCACUUAAUAGAGGUGUCCACUGAAUUCUGAAUAGGGGUUCAUUAUAAAGGGAAAUAUUUAGCAAUUAAUGAAUUUGGCUGAGUAGGAUAUGAAGAAUUAAGCAGAUCGAGCAGUGUGUUAUCCACAGAGGCGGAGGCCGAGGUGGAUAACACCCCUCUGAGAUCUGCUUAAUUCUUCAUAUCCUACGAAAGCCAAAUUCAUUAAUUGCUUUAUUAUUCAUUCAAAAUAAUGCUAGUUUAAAAGCAUAGCUAAAACAUGCUUACCUGCAUUGAUGUUAAGUUUAUCUUCGAUAGCGUACGUUUAGGUCUGUCCAGCUCCACAAAUAUUCUCCAAAUAGCAGAUGUCACCAGGUCUGAGUUGUCUUCUUGCUGUUUUAGCUAUGUUUUUAGCCAUUAUUUCGCCUAGUUCCAGCUGUAGUUCUUACUCUUAAAACGAGUGAAGUGUCCACCAUUUUUUAAAGAACUUAACCUUGCCCCCAGGUCUUCUCGGUUAACGGUGCAUUAACCUGUAGACAGCUGCAUUUUUGACGUCUGAUGACCAAAUUUGGAAGAAUUUGGUCAUCAGUAACUGGUUAUGGUGAAUUAUGCGUGUGCUUUUAACCAAUCAGAAUUGGGUAAAUAUUUUGAAUGAAUAAUAAAAGACGUUAAUUUCGGGACCUGGCUAAGUGUCGACGUAAUAGAGGGUGUCCACUUAAUUGGGGGUCCUCUUAAUAGAGGUCUCACUGUAGUUAAACUUAUUUAUGUCUUCAAAAAUGAUCUACCAGAUCAGUAAGUAGCAAUUUUCGUACUGAGUUCGAAAUUAAUCCCCUUGGAAAGUGAUUUUUAUCGUCUAACCCCCCUCCUCUCUGGAAUUUCCUGGGCCUCAGACCCCCCUCCACCUCCUCUGAAUUUCCAAUUCCCUUCGUGGUGGGGUAUGAAUAUUUUCUGGAACCACACGGUUAAGCGGCUGGCUUGAAAUCUUCCGAGAUUUCUCAAAAUGGACCAUACCCCCUUGGAGGAGAGAUGAAAGUUUGAGAGACAUUAAUACCAAAGAACCUUUAUUCACUUUGUUGGAUUCACACCAAUUAUUGGAAAUUUACAGCCACAUGUAUUUAUUAGAUUUUCAGUCAUUGGUGAAUUUGUUGUUUUUAGACACUACUGUACUGUGAUGGUGUUGGACAGGUUUACCAUGUCCAGGCAUGCCCUUAUGUUAGAAAGCCAUCCAGAAACAUCCAGGAUUGUAAACCCAAAAAGACAGAACAUGCACCUCCUACAAUUAAAGUGGAAUCCAAACCACCAAAGUAUAAACCUCCAGAACAUGUCAUUCAGUUUAGUCCUGACUUCAGUAUGCUCUUACACUCAAAGCCAAAGAGAAGGAGGAAGAGAAAGGGAGAUGAUUCAUUUGUGUGGCUUGGUGAUGUUGGCACAACUUCAUUUAGAAAGAGACCAAAGCACAAAAAAAAGAAAAAGAAGGUUGGUGUCAUGAUUAAAGUAAGUUUUAAAACAACAGCAACAACAGUUUAUUCAGUUUUGUAAAAUUAAUAAUUGAGGACUAUGUUACCCACAAUUAGUGGAGCUAUUUGUAUAAAUAACUGCAAAGUUCAGGGUUCAAAAGUCGGAAAAAAAGAAAGUAAAAAUGUCAAGAGACAAAGCAAAAACAAAGUGAAAUUAAAUAAAUAUUAAAUAAAAUCUAGCAUAAUGAUAUUGGAAAUAAUAGUAGUAAACGGUAAAAACGGUAAAACUAUUACAAGUAUGAUACUAAAAUGGAUAUAAUGAGGGGAACACUUGACCUGAAUAAGGAGUUCAGGUAGGAACUGGUAAUGGCACUCAUAUCAACAUACAACUCCUCAGUCUCCAAAACCUUGACCAAAAUAACUUAUGUUAUUUGCUCUUGAAAGGGUCUUUGCACCGUCACAUAACGUAAGAGGAAUUUUGUUCCAAAUUCUUUCACCACUUCUAGUAAAAGAUAAUAAUAGUUGACUGAGUCUAGAUCUCUGGACAUGAAAAUUACCUCCAGCAGAAAAUCUGGUAUAAUGAGAGUGGAUCUGGUUAGAGCGGAUGAACAAAUCAGAAAUUUGGAAGGAGCCCACACUUUGUUAUUGUUUAGUUGCUGUAGACAUAUGUUAUCAACACUUGAUUACAAUUUCCUUUUUUUUAAAAAAAAAAAAAAAAAAGAUAUGCCAGUUAUUGUGAUGUAUUAGACCUUGAAAGGCCUUGCUGAGACAUUGAAUGUUAAAUUGAACCAAUCAGAGUUCAGAGAAUUUAGUGCAAAAAACCAGAUUCUGUCUAAGUCACUGUUUUAGCUCUUUACACACCCGGUGUAAUUGAGUCUGCUAUAAACCCUUCCAUUUGAAAAAUAUAUUUCUCAAUUAAUAAAGAAUUUUGCAAAAUAAAAAUUACACAGGUCUAUCAAGCACGAACUGAGUUCUCCGAAAAUUGAUAUCCGAGGGGUCAAUUUUCACACCUUAAGUGUGAUUUCUGAUUGGAUACCAACUUUGGCCUUCAUUUUAUUGGCUUCUAUUUAAUGAAAAUGCGCAUUUUUGGUAUUUGAUUUCAGUUUACGAUUGUAUUUUAAAUAAGGAUUUUAUAAGCAUAAUUUAUUUUUGACUUUAUAGCAGUUCUAACACUUUAAUCUCAGUCAAAUUUACUGAUUGAGUCUUAGUUCAUUAUAGUCUUCAUUAUCUUCAGUAAACGGGAUGAGGUUUACAAAACCCAAAGCCCUUACAUUUUCUAUAAAUUCGACCUUCUUAAUACACAGUCAUGUUAACCCUUUACGGUCAACCAAUUUUUAGAGAGAAAACCGCAUUUUGGACUAAAUCCUCCCUAGUGUUUUUCAGCCAUGGGAAUGGCUAAAAUAGACAUUUCCAACCCUGAGGACAUAAUUUUCUGCUAAUUGGAUGUAAUUAAGCACCUCUUUUGUUUUUUGCACAUGCGCAUACACCAAAAUUUGGACUUUUUUGCUAAUCUAUUUCGAUUUUUUUUCACUCCCUUCUUGUUCCCUUUGCCUUUCUUUUUAUAGCCAGUUUUGUCACCCACGUUAUGGUCUUUCUUUUUUCCAUGAAUUUUUGGCUGGCUUUUUUUCCAACAAAGGGACAAAUUUAAUCUGUAAAGAGUAGUAGGUAAAUAGCAAAAUUGGCAGUGGAUUUUUCCCCAAAUGUUGCUUGUUCAGGACUGGUCAAGAAAAUUUGCUAAAUAAGGUACCAGUGGAAAGAUCUAUCCUCACUAAUUUUGGUAAUUACCAUCUUGGAAAGCUUAAUGGGUCCAGGAAGGAAUAAUAUGCGUGGGUUCAUAUUGACCAAAAAAGACCAAAGUGGAUGUCAAAGAGUUAAAUUGACUCAAUAGAAACUUUCCGUGGUUGCCUAAGUGUUCUCAAACGUGGGGUUAACUGAACUAAAAAUGAAAAUUGCACUGAAAACUGAUAAUAUUAUUUGUAUCUCCCUUUCAGGCAUCCAAAGUGGAAUUUCAUAAAAGUGAGACUUUUCAAUUUGGAAAUGUAAAUCCUAUCAAGGACCCCACCAUUGCUAACACUGUUGACUGUAACAGCCCAAAAGAAGCUGUUAAUUCAUUGGUGCUUGUCAAUGACCAUGAAUUGGGCAAAGCAAAGGAAAUGGUUCCAGCAGAAGAGGAGCAAAAGUCUUCAAGUAUGAUCAGGUGAGCCAAAACUAGUUUGUUUUUCCACUGAGUGCAUAAUAACAGUUUGUUCUUCUUUUUAUCACAGGUUCACAAUACAUGUACAAGAAUGUUCUAGUCAGAUAUUGCAGGGCUGUCAUUAAGGGGUGGGGGCCGGGACUUCCCCAGCUACUAUGAACGUGACCCCUGGCUUCUUUCAUAGGAAAAUUGAAGAAAAUUAGAACCAAAAGAAAUCUCUAGCUGUUUUAUGCCCCGUCUUCUUGUUGUAUUUACGUGGCAACUUGAAAUCAACAGCAUGUUGUAAAAGGAACUAAUGAUGUGCACUUUUCAUUUCAGUGGCCUGUUGUGUUACAGUAAAAACAUCUGUAACCAGUUUAGUUAAGCUUAUCAUAACACAGUUGUGAGCAAAUACAGUACUGUAUAAAAUUUUUUACAUCCAAACCUAAGUUUUUCUGGUAGUUAACAACUAUAUCUCCCUCACGGCCGAAAUUGAGAACAUAAUGAAGAACCUACUUAGCUUAAAUUGCCAAUAACUACCCCAAAAAACAAGAACCUUAAUUUUUGCCAGACUUAAAAACAUGUAGGUUCUUGCACGUGGGUUUUGACUGUAUUAUUAUGUAGCGUAUAUGAAGGCUUUUUCAAAAAAGAUGAAAUCAGGCUGUUGAUCACAAAAAUUUUUGUUGGCUUUAUGCAGCUCACCCUUGCAAGUUGUUGUUGACCAUGACUACCUUGGACCACUGUGCUUGCAGUUUACUGGCUUGCCAGCGGUUGCUGAUGUAAAAAAUGAGAUAAUGGAGCGGCAUGGACUACCAGUAAAAGAUCAGACACUUCACUUUGAUGGCAAAAAGGUACUGGUAAUUGUGUUAAAAAGGAAAUUUAAUUAAGUUGUAAUCAACAGACUGCAGACAAACUACUUUCUGAAAACCUUUAAACAUUCUUAAAAUGUAUGGAUAUGUCCACAUGUCACUUUAGAUAAGAAAAAAUUCAUAAGCUUAUUUGAUUAUUGCUGUCCAGAAGAGAAGAUUAUUGUGCAAAAAUCCAUUUAGAAUUGUUGACGUGUUGAUGGAAGCUGCAAACAUGCAAGUCUGCAUGCAACUUUUAAGAUUGGAUUUCCCCAUGACUUCACUGUAUGCUCAGCCUAUAAGCCUUUUACAAACAACUAAAACCACUUUUAGUUUUUAGUUCGUUGUAUUAACUUUGCCACUGACACCUGUACAAGAGAAGUUGAUUGAAAAUUGUGGUCGGGACACUGUCAAUGGAUUGUAGUCUGUUAUUAUAACUUGUCAAUGGGUUGUAGUCUGUUAUUGUAACUUGUGAUAUAUUUUUUUCCAGUUGUGUGACACAUUUCUCCUGAGGCCUGUCCUUAAUAACACUGAUGACUGUUUGACCUUAACACUGUCUGUUGGCUCCCUUAAAGGUGGAGGUAAGAAUAAAGUGUUAUGAACAAUUUAAAAUGUUUCAGGUGGAACAACUGCCGGUACUCAGCUCUUAUUUAGGUUUAAUCCUUUGUAACUUCAAACCUUCAGAAUUUUAAAAACACAUUUCCAAGUACAAUUAUUUUAGGUGUUACUUUCUUUAAAUGAGCGUAUGGGAGCGUACACUUCAGCGUCGUGGUUGUGGAUUAAUUGUGAAUGCAGAGGAAUAGUAAGAAAGUGAUAUUCUUCCGGAUACCCCUCCAUACAAAUACCCUUACGUUUCUCCUUUUGUGUAACAGACGUCUUACCUUCUUAGCUGUAACCCAAUUCGAUUAUAAUUUCUGUCAUAAAUAAGUUGCGCACGACGAGAACUCAGUUCCACUUCCUUUAUUUCCUCUAUAACAACACUUUCCUUAUGGACGGUGAACUCCACACCUUCUCCAGCAACGUAACUAACAUCACUACACUCCCGUACCAAACUUGCUGAAAAUGCACAAUCUCCACACCGAGGAUAAUUCAUGUACAACAUCGCAACAUAAACUAGAAAUACGUAUCUCGCAAUAACCCUUGCAAAACUCGGUAUUUUAGUUGCGCCACUCAAGUUAAACCCUGUCGGGUGGGGUUUGGAACUGGAUGGGUAACCCACCUUUAACCCAUUCGCUCCUGGCGAUUUUGCCGAAAAACGCGUUUUGAAGCUAGUCGAGUGGUUUUCUGGUCACUGUCGUGCUAUAAAGAGCUAAAACUUACCACAAACCGGUUUACAGGUCGUACACUUUGCGGCCUUCUGAUCCAGAUGCAAAAUAUCAGCUUGCGAAGUUCGGGCAUGCGCAGAAAGCAUGGGUUUAAAAGUGACACAGCAGUCUUGACUUUUACUUUUCGCUUUUCUUGCCUCAUUUUUUUUUCUCUUGCUGGGCAUUUAGUAGGCUUUAUUUUGGUGGGAAGAGUUUUUAGGAAAGCUUUUAGGAUCUUAGGAUUAGGUGAAAGGAAAGGUAGGUUGGUAAUGGAACAAGAUUUUCAUGGAGAUUUUCAGGUCAAUGUCACGUGGUUUUUUGCUUCUUUCUCCGGUGUCCUUGACUGAAUUGCGCUCAUUCUGGUAUGGUUUGAAAGAUCUCUUCUCUCUGCACAAGUUAGCGAAGAAAGAUGUCCUUGACCGUUAAAACUGAUGACGUCACAAAGGGUAGAAAAGACCUGGAUCCGCACGGGCGGUUACGGGCGGUUCAGGGGCGAAUGGGUUAAUAUAGUCGUGAAGGUUCAGGGCGGAAAAACGUAAUGAGCAUGCGUGAACUUUUUUGCCCAAAUCCCCUGGCCGGGUUUGAAAAAAUGGGGAGAUUUCAAAUAUUUUGUGCCUAAAAAUAAAAUGUUUCCACUCAUUACCUGGAAAGUACAAGCAAUUUCUUCCAAAGUUGCAAGCUGUGGUUAUAACCUUCUCAGUACUUAAUUUUCUCGAAGAAUACCUCAUAGUAUAGUAAAACGGACUUUAACGACAUUAAUUUCCUUGCUUUGUACUGGAAAUGUGCUUGCGUGGGUCCGAUUUUUUUCAAGAUGCAUUCACAAAAUCUGUUCAUAUAAGGACGUUCCUGGAUAUAAGGUCCGGAGCCCCACUGUGGACACAAAAACAAAAUAUCUUUGUCGCACUCGAAGUGGUAUUUUAAUACACGCGCUCGAUCGUACACUUCUAGCUUCGCAGAUCACUGAAAUAUAAAUAAAACCUCAAUGUAGAGGUAUUGGCGUUGAUAUAAGUUCAGAAAAAGAGUCCAUCUUUUUCUAGCAAAAUCUUCCCCAAAAUCGGUUUCAAACCAACUAUAGUUUUGUAAACUUGAUUGUUUCGCGUAGAUAUGUUUUGCUUUGUGUUGUCAAGUUGAACAUACAUAUCACCUGCCAAAAACCUACGCAUAAGUAGGAUUUCCUUCAAACAAAGUUAAAGUUACGUUAUUGCAAAAAUUUCUUUCCAGUUAUGUAUAUGGAACUAUAUGAUUUAAUUACCGACUGAGGUCACUUUAAGGAAUAGACGCCACUUUAAGCUCGCAAAGAGAUGCGACAAGCAAAGAACAAUUCCAUCAUGUACAAAAUUCAGCUUAAGUGAACUAAAAAAAGCUUCAACAAGGUUACAAAACAACAAAUUGUCAUUAAAAAAGCAUAAGGGCCCUUAUACCUGCUGACAAUGAAGAAAUGAAUUUUCUUUACGAAAACAACCUACCUAAAGAUGUUAAAAGCAAAAGAUCAGUUGCAAGCUUCGCAGCCAAGCCAUGAUUCACCAUUUAUGACAUUUAGCUAUUUUUAAUAACUGGUCCAUGCGAGGGUCUUCAUUCAAGCAACUUGAACUCAGCAAAUCAUUAGAAAAUACAGAAAACUUCACAAAAAGGUUUGCUUUGCUCGCUUCAGUCAAAUCCAGCUCCAGCAAUUGUUUACGGGCAAAGAGGCAAUUGUUUUGAAGUCACUGCCGGCAGUUGUCGUUCUCUACUUCACAGUGAGUGAAAGGAAAAUUUGGGUACGGAACGUUAUUUCUUAUAGAGGAGGACAAGAACUUUCACAGUGCACUAGCGGAAAACAAAACUAUGUAAUUAAAAAUGAAAAAACACUCUGACUAUCAUUACUUGAGCAACAGAGAAAUGAUCGAAGUAGUCUUUUCUUCUCGAGUAAGCUUGCUGGCCUUCUAUUUCCAGGAAAGUUUUAUAAGCGCGCAAGUUUAAUUUGUUCACUCGCAUGUCUUAGCAAUAUGGUUCUUUGACUGAAGAGAAGGAUAAAGCUGUUUUUGCAAGGUAAUAAAUCUGGACAUGUAAAAAAAGUAACUGUAACUGCUAUUAAUAGAAUACGAGCGGGUUUAAUUCAGCCCGGCGAAAGAAGGUGAAAUCAACUCACAAAUUAAUCGAAUGCACAAUCAGAAAAAUACUCGCCUCUUUGGAAAUGUUCAAAACUUUUUAUUCCACCUCAAACUGACGGAAUGAUCCGUUUUUUCCUGUAAGAUUGGUUGUUCUGAAUCCAAGGUAGUUUUCAAGUGAUGGAAAAAAAACAAACACACAAACAAAUAAAAAGGCUUGCAAAGGAGCAAACGUUCGCACCUCGUGUAUUUCAUUCAGACUCAGUCAGAACUCUCUCAGUGACAAACAGCUUGACAAACAAACACAGUCAGAAAAGCCUGUAUACCGCCACCGAAAUGAUCCCUACCAUCGAAAUGAUCCACGCCACCGAAAUGACCCCCAAUCACCACCGAAAUGAUCCCCACCACCGAAAUGAUACCUAUUCGCAAUCGAAAUGAUCCCGUCAUAAAUUUUCGGAACCUUGGCUUAAAUGGACUUGGGACUUUGCUAUCAAUUCUAAAUUCUUCGUUUAUUCAUGCAAACACGAUUCUAAACAGAGGACAAUAGAGAAAGCAAAGCGCUCAAACUUAGCCCAUCCGUGACGGAAUUCAAGUGUUUACUCAGGCAAAAGCUUCUUAAUGACUGCUUUAUGUAAUUAAUUUAAUUAAUUUUAUUGACCUUUGUCUUCUUUUAUCAUUGUUAUAUUCUUAUUGUCAUGUACUUGGUUUAUAAUUUUGUAACGUAAAAUUGACUCUGAAAAGCCCCGUGGGGACGAGCCAAUAAAGUAUGUAUGUAUGUAUGUAAUUAGACUGAUAACAGUUCUAUACACUGAUUUUAUUUUCAAAAUUUUAACAUUUUUUUAAAGGAACUACAUAAAUCCGCCUUGAACAGGGAACAGGUUUAUCAUAAUUAUAACGUGAUAACGAGCAGAUUACAACUAGUUUUGCGUUAAAAACUUGACAGUGUUAUAGCAUGCUGCCGGGCUAUAAAAUGUCAGCACAUUUUGUCACACUAUUCUUUUAUGUCAGAAAGAAAUCCACAGAUAUAAAUGUCGGCUCACUCCAUGACAUCAGGGUGAGUUUCCAUGUACUGGCAAAGGCCGCACACAGUCAGCACAGCAGAAAAAUAAUUGUGAAUGACAGAAUAAUUUUCAUGAUGUUAAUGAUUUGAGAUGACAGCUACAGCAGCUAGUGCAAGUACCGAAAUUAAUUGGAAAGCACGUGUUGUAAUGUGAGCCUGUAACUGACGUCAUCACUGUCGUCAUGACAUCAUCAGGAAGACAUAACCUGAUUGCAAAAUUUGACUUAUUUUGCUUUAACACAAUUUUAUUAAAAAGAUUUUCUUGCAAAAAUAUUUUAAAAAAAUUGGAAGAACUAGAAGACAUAAGUGAAUUGCAUCUUUUGAACAAGUAUUGUCUAGUGUUAAACCAAAAAAAAAAACAAUUUACUGCAAAAUAAAGUGCGGUAAAAGGUAAAUUGCACACCGUAAAAAAGAUGCAAUAUAAAUAAAUAAAAAGCACGCACUAUAUUGUUGUCCAGUUUUUCUAGUCCCCUUAAUUCCAUUCCCGAUAUUCCGGAGAUCAUUUCAGUGGUGACCGCCGGUAUCAUUUCGGUGGUGGGGAUCAUUUCGGUGGUGAUUGGGGGUCAUUUCGGUGGCGGAGAUCAUUUCGAUGGUGGGGAUCAUUUCGGUGGCGGUACACCCGCCUUGAGCCUGUGAUGAGAUGCGCACAAUCUUGCGCAGAACGUUUUUCCGCCCUGAAUCGUAAAGGUCCCUACUUUGUUCUGUCUCUUCUUCUUCUUCUUUUUUGCGUAUUGUGUGGUGUUAUUUUUAAAAGUGUAUUGAAAAGCAUAUUUAGCAUUAUUCGGCUGCUGGAUUUAGAAAAAAAAACACAAACACGGCAGUACAGUUCGUGUGAAAAUUAUUAUACUUCGGCCCGUAGUACAGAACUGAAAUUUUGAUCUAUCGGCGGGGAAUUCAACCGGCAAACUAAUAAAUUUGGGUUUUUCAUGGUGUAAAACAAACUAGAUUUCAGAGGAAAAAGACGGUUUCGACGGUAAAAGGCCAAACUGAAACGCUCUUUCGGGAAACAUAUCGCGCGACAAACAAACUUGUCUGCGAAGUCCGUGAGACGCACUGAAUGGUGCGCUUGUAUCUCGAUUUUCGCUGGUAUUUUGAAGCUACUAGCCCAAAUUGCUUCAAUGUUCUCUGUGAAAUACUUUUGCAGUCUAUAUUUCUAGUCAGAAUAAUGAAUAAGAAUAAAUCAAAGAACUCGUAGAUAUCUCGAACUAAUUCCGAAGGACAUUCGGAAGCAACUUCGGGACAUCCAAAUGCAACUUUGAAACAUUCCUGAGCAGCGCGAAUCCUUUACUUCGCGCUACGCCGAAGUAAUAAGCCUUAACAUUCCAGUCUUGGUUUGUCUCAGAGAUGGUGCGACCCAAACUUUCUACUCGAUUUUCAGAAAAUCUCAUUUUCAGUCUCACUUCACAGAGGGUAGUUAGAAUAUUGGUUGAAGAGUAACUUAAAUGUCUGAGUCCGGUUGAAAAGUUUAUUUUGAUUUAUGUUUUCCCUUGAUUAUUUCCACUGGUCUAUAAAGACCAGUUGGUCUGACACAAUGGAAAGCACGCAUAAAUUUUUGAUGACGUUUUGAUUACUGUGUGGUUGGAUUCAAUUUUCAUGGUCGUGAUUCCGUGGCGAUUUCCUCUGUUGAAACUGGUAAACAGUUAUGAAAGCGGUUCUCAGCGUCGAUCAAUCCUGAUUGUAUCUUAAAGGUGAAAGCAAGUGUUCGCCUGCACUUCCUAACCCUUGGCUUUUGCUAGUACAUGUAACAAGUAGAAUAUACGCAAGAUCAACGUGGUGUGAAAAGUCUACAGAUUCAUUACAGCAUUACUGGUGUACCUUGUUCGACAUGUCUCUCUUCUAAAAAUGAUGAUUCAAAACCCUGUGAUAUGUAAAGAUUUGCUAUGAUUUUGCUAUGUAGUUCAUUUUUCUUCCAGCUCCUCCAAAGAAAGCCUCAGAUGAAGGUGCCUCUAGAGGGACAGAAAAUUUAUCUCCAUCAGAACAAGAAGGUAAAUAAAAAACCUAUAUGAAUUGGGCACACAGAAACUUGUUGCAUCAUGCAAACGAAUCAACUAAUAACUAGCUUGCAGAAAGCUAUGUGAUCGAAUAUUUAUUUGCCGUCGAAAAUCAAACGUUAAAGGCUUAGAGUUACGCUGUACCCAUAGAACCCAAAUGUGAAUAUCAGUGGUUCACACGGGCGUGGUCCAAGGGGCGGGGGCAGAGGAUGUGCUCAACAAGGAGCAAUGUGACUGGUAAGGCGGGACUAACGUGACCAUGAAGUCACAGUGGCACGCAACUCAGGAUGUCACGACAUGAAAAUAUAACCUGAUUUACACGUGAGAUCGUGUGAGGGUCCUAGUGACCUCUUGUCCCAGACUCUUUUUAAAAAUUAUACAGUAAUGACUAUCAUUAUCAAGUAGAUUACUGUUACUGGCUGUUCCAUCAACUCUCUGAUUCAAAAACUCCGACCUGUCUAGAAUCAGAACACCAAUGUUAAUACAACCUCCCACGAAGUUUAAUCCUUAACCUUCCGGAGCUCACCUUACGAGUCAGUUGGAAAAUAUAUUGUAGGUCAUAAUGGGUCACUUGCACGGUGACGUCUUUUUACUACUAAGACCAGAAUUCGUUUCGUUUUCCUUUCAUAUUUAAGUUUGGUAGUCCCAGUGAGGUUUAGACAAAAAAGCCGAAAUUUACACAAGAAAGCAAUGCCCUGAAGGAUUCUGGUCGUAGUAGUAAAAUGAGUAAAAUGUCAUCGUGCCAACGGCGUACUAAAUGUAUCCAAGCCCUGAUCCAUGACAAAUUACAGCUAGGAAAGCAAAGGAAAUUGAGAGUCAAUGGAUGUGAAUAAAUUAUCCGGAAUUUAAAUUUGACCUGUAACAAAUUUAUAAGACCAUAUCACACCAGCUUUAGUGCGAUGAAGAAAAGGAGUCCAACAUGAGCGUCAGGGUUGCCUUACAUUCCUGUUUGACUUUUCUGUAUUUACGCAGGUAUUGUAGUGAUUAAAAUCAAUUCUCUUGUUGGUCCUUUGUUUUGUAUUUAUCAGCUACGCAAAGGAUGGAAACUUGGGAUGUCAAAAGAACAGCUGAGUGGCUCUGCCAAAUUGGACUUGAUAAGAAGUAUGCUAUCACUUGCGAGGAGAAGACCGUAAGUGGAAGAGCUCUGUUGUUGCUGGCCAGUGGAGGCGAUGAUCAAGUCAUGUCAGUCUUGGGUCUUAAAAUGGGUCCCCAAGCAAUUCUGAUGAAAGGCCUUGAACCGCAUUUACUUGCUUUUAAAGAAAACAAGCUCGAGAUAGCGCAACGUUCAAAGCCAUUGAAGGAGUGGAAUAUUGAGGAUCUGUGUAGUUGGCUUAGAGAACUAGUCUUACCGGAAGAGUGCUUAACAUUAGUUCAAACGGAGGAAAUUAAUGGCCAGGCCUUGCUGUUGUUAAGGGAAAGUGGAAAGUUGAAGGAGUCUUUGCAAUUAAAAGAGGGAUCAUGGACCGUUCUUGAACACGAAUUAUCCUUACUUUUUCUGGAAAGAGGUGACAUUAAAACUGAAACAACCACAACGAUUUUUACAAACAAAAACACGCAGUUGAUGCCGACACUUGAGCGAAAAGAAACAGCCGAAUUUAAAGAGCCAUUGGCGGCUAAGCAACAUUCCGUCGAGGAGACUCUUGAAAUACCACCCAAGGUUGUUUUAUCCAAGGAGGAGCAAAAGCUUUCGUUAAUACGAGACUCGCUUAAGCUUGAUAUCAGUAGCGCAACGACCUCUGAAAACACGACGGAUUGCGUAGUACGGUCAAUUUUUGUUAAGCGAGGCAAGGGUGCCAAUGCCCUCGAAAAAUUGUUUAACUUUAUUGUUAUCACCAAAGAAGAGCUGGAUGAAGAAAAACCCCGGAAACUAUGGUCAAAAAUUAUUGAGAAAACAACAGAGUGGAUGAAAUUGCUACCUGAGAAUGAUGCCAAAUCAUUUUUCAGGGAGAGUGGAUCUGAUUCAUUGCUUCAUGUGCCCUCUGGCAAAAAUUUGGUCUUAACAGAUGGAAAGGUAGUGCAAAUACCUCUCGGAAAACUUUCAAUCGAUGAAUUCAAGCAGUGUGUUUUUAUCAUAAUGGUCGAUAAACAGUUGCUGAACGAGAAAAAAGCUUACAAAUUUUCCUUAGACAAAAAGUCCAAAAGCUCAUACAGCGUUAAAUUGACUGCAGAGAGCAAAUACCAUGGAGCAUUUGACCCAAACAGGCCAAGCCAGGACUUUAAGCCUAGUAAAUUUUUUAAGUCCUUUAUGACUGCUGCUGAUGAGUCAGCUAAAACCGUCAACAAUCCAUCUCAGGCUGGUCCAGUGAAACCCUCCGUUCACAUUUCACCUCCUUAUCAGACGCCAAGACCCUUUAACAGUGAAUUUGAAGGCAAGUAUUACAAUGAAGGCUGGGUUUUACCUGCCUGGGAAUCUGGUUCUAAAGACUUAAUAACACCAGUGCACGAGUUUAAACUUCUUCGAAGAGUUGGUAACAACUCUGAGGAUAUGAUAAAAAAAUUUGUGUAUGAGACGUUGAGGUUUGCAUGCGGAUGCCUUAAUGGAAGAACUAAUGGAACAAUACACUUCGGUGUUGCCGAUGAGGAAGAAGAGCAAGCAUGUGGCUAUUAUCCGAGGCAAAUUGUUGGUUCAUUGGUAACAGACAAGCCCACGUUCAGCAAGAAGCUUACAGAGUUCAUUGAUAAAUGCUUUGUUGGCGACAGCAGGAGCAAUGUUCACAAUUGUAUUAGACCUCCAGUUUUCAUUCCUGUAAAAGGUACAGAUGUUAAGCUGCCGGACAACAACAAAGUGGUCAUUGAGGUUGACAUUGAACCUAGGUACUCACUUUGCGCAGGAGAGGAAUUUAAUGUCAAAUUUGAAGGUCUUGACCGUGGAAAGGCUGAAGCUACUGCUUACAUUAGACAUGGGUCAGAAACGAAAGCAAUUGUUGACCCCCAGGAAAUGAGGGUUUACAUGAAAAAAAUUCCCAAAUUGGAUGAAGAUCGAAAGAUGCGCGAACAAGAAAGUAACGCUGCUCAGGGUGUGGGAAAAGAGGACUCCCUCAAGCAACUUCAUAGUAAACUGAAGACACUGUUGUGUUCAAACAAGACUUUUUUAGAUUCCUCCUUAUAUCCUAUCUUGGUUUUAGGUAAACCAAAUACUGCUAUGAAUCAGGAAUUUUUUGAACAAAAUUUUCGCUUUCUACAGAAUAUCAAAUGGCAGGUGGUAAUAGAUUUUGACGACCAGGGUUCCGAUAGCAACGGUCUUUGUGCGGUUUUUAAGGCUUACCGUCAGUGUCAAAUACACGAAGCAGAGGAUUAUUCAAGAGACGAUAAUCUAACUGAGCAGAUAUACCACGAGACUCACUGGAUUUUUGCAAACGGCUAUACAAAGCUUAAAAAAGAGUGUUUGGGAUUUAAGCAGUGGAAUAAUUCAAAGCGUAAAAGAGGCUUAAGCCUUAUUAUCCAGUCACUAGCAAAUACUAUUCCGGGUGCAAGGGCAGUGGUAUUGUUUUUGCUCUUUUUGAAAGAGUGUGAACCAAUGGCAGAUACCUUUAAAGAUUUCUGCACUUUCCUUGAUGGUCCCAAUCAGUUACUUUAUGUUGCUGAAAACUCAGAAGUGGUUGCAGCGUGGGAGGAAAAACUUUCCAGUACUUGUUUAGAAGAGUACCAACUUCGUGAAAGGGGUGUUGUGGGUAUGUCGUGGAAUGAGUUUCAAGAGAGUGUGCAACAAAUGGUCCGUGGGACCGACCGACGAGAACGUUACGUUGCUAUGGUAACUGGGGCUCUGUUUCCUGUACAAAAUGUUACAUUUAACAAUGUUGAGAUUGUCAGUGCUACGGAAUGCGACGAAUUGCAUGAUAAGAGCUCAAAAGAACGAUUACAGAUAUCUUCGGAGGUGGAAAUGGGUUUUUAUAGAGGUUAUUCUGUGAGUUGGAUGAAUUUUUGGUUCUCAGAUAACCAAAAGAACCAUGUUCUACGACGUACCAAUUACACCAACCUAAAAAUGUUAUUACAAAAGUUGCAUUCUCGAGGAUCUGAGGGAAAGGUUCACACAGCUACAAUUUAUCACCAUAUAGGAGCGGGGGCUAGUACUAUGGCUCGUCAAGCACUGUGGGAUUUUCGACGGAACUCAAGUUUUCCAUUCCGUUGUGCAGUAGUUACAAAGAUAGAUGACAGCACUUGUAAGGAGAUCUUCCAUCUCAGAAAAAUAGGGUAUGGAGAUUAUAGCGAAAGUGUUGCUCCACCUGUAUUAGCACUUGUGGAGGAUACUGAGGAUUUUUUGUUUCGCGAGUUGCGGUCUCAAGUAGUGGAGCUUUGUCACAAACUUCCCAGGCAAAAGUUUCCUGUCUGUGUAUUUCUCUAUGUCAGACCGACUCAAAACCCAAGAGACUGUCAUCUUCAGGAAAGGGAUACAAGUGUUUUCCUUGAACAACACCUUAGCCCAGAGGAGGUAAACUGGUUUAAGGACAAGUACACAGAUAUGAAAGGGAAAUGUCACAGAAAGGAUCCAGAAAGUGAUUUUGAAAAUUAUGCAAACGAGAACCUGAUUUCCUUUAUGAUAAUGAAGGAAAAUUUUAACCCAAAAUACGCUUCAAGUAUUGUUGAGAGGAACUUAAAACAUGUUACAGAUGAUGAACUCACAAUGUUAAAGUACACGUCGCUCCUCAACGUAUACAACCCUUAUCCUGUCUUUGUGUCGUGCUUUGACACAAUCAUGGUGUCGCUUGGAAUGCAACGAAGGAAACGCUUUUGGGAUUGGGUGGAAAAUUUGUCGCACUCAGCUCGGGUUUUUUUACGGGAGAUGGAUUGUAGUGCCGAUUUUGGAACAGGGAAAGCUAUUGCCAUAGUUCAUCCAAUCAUUGCUUGUGAGUUGUUAGACCAGAUAGCAGAAAGAAAUAAAACUUCGGUAAGUGAACUCGCUGUAGAGUUUCUGAGAUCCCCUUUGUUAGCUGAUCAAGAGAAGUCGUUUACCUUGAACUAUUUACGUGAUUGUGCAAAUAGAAUGUUAAAGCAUCGAAAGAAAUUUGAAUAUGGAGAUGAUAUACAAUCAAAAUUUUCACCUCUGAUUGAGAAGAUUUUGUAUUGGAAAAGCACAGACAAUGCAACAAAGACAGCAACAGAAGACAGUAUAGACCAAGCUGCAGGAGUCUUGAAGGAAGGACUGGAGAAAUUUGGCGAUCCAAUGCUCGCUCAACAAAUAGCUAGAGUUUUUUAUGUCAAUGCAGUAGCCUUUACAGAAGAAUCAAAAAUUGACUCCUGCUUUGCCAAGGCACUUGCAUUUUGCAAUAAAGCAAUUGAAAUGAGUCCCGGAAAUUCGUUUCUUUUUGACACAAUGGGUCGCAUCCAUGAAAGCAAGAUGAAAAUAUUGUAUGGCGCCAUCCGUAAGGACAACCGUUUAAUAGAAGUAGACACCGUAACUCCAAUAUUUCCGCUUGCCUUUGAUGCAAUAAAGUGGUUUCAGAAGUCGGUGGAUGCGUCAGGUGAUUGUCAAAAUAACAGUGGCUUCCACGGUGAACUCUCUGUGACGUUUUACCUUCUGGAUAUUAUUCGGUGUGUGCGAACUUUUAGGGGCCAGGCUGGAUUAAACAGGCUUGAUGGGUAUCUUGCCUACUGCCAGGUAAUACCACCUGAAGUUGAAGCACCUUGGAGUGAAUUUCACGAAAGUGUCAAGAAUUUAAGAAACCGGUGUAUUAACUGUCUGGAGAAGCUUACAGAGAUUUUUGCCAUUUAUAAGGGGAACAGCUUGGAAGAAAGAAUGCUUCCAAAACAAAUUGCUAAUUUUAAGGCACAGUACUUUAGUUAUUUUGGUGAAGGCCAUAUUAAGUGGAACACUGAUAGCCCCGAAGAGCGUUGGGAGUACAGAUGGUACCAAAUAAAUCAAUAUCUUGCUGGUGGUAUUUUCUCAAGCGUAUUUUCUGUUUCGACUUACGAGGAGUCACCAAGGCCAGCUCUUCUAAGUAUUAAAAAGCUAGCUGAGGAAAACUAUUCUGAGCUUGUGCAGGACCACUAUAAUGAUUUAUUGCUCAUCAUAACAACGAGCAUGGCUCUUUACUCCCCCUAUGGAAAGACUUCAAAGAGAAAACUAGUCUGGCUGACUGAAGAAUACAAAGAAAUGUACAAGUAUGUCGAGAAGUUGUUUAUAGUGGAGGAAGGUGAUGGAAAGCACCAAAGACUUUAUGCCCAUUUGUUGAAAGUGAUGUUUCUUUGGCCAAGAAAAGAUUUGGAGUUAAGCGGUUAUCGCGUGCAAGAUUUUUACGAUUCCUUAAAAAAGCUCUCAGAGAGGUGGAAAAGCAAGUAUAAGGAACGCAAUGACACAGACAAAAUUCUAAAACAAAAGAUGUAUAAAUAUAUGUCUUUCAGACGCGAAAAAAGACAAUACACAACACUGUUCUUUUUGGGCAAAGGUUCUGGGCUAGAGGUUUUUGUUCACAUAAAUGAGCUAACGGAUAGAGGAUCUCCAGACUGGGAAAAUGCUAAUACCAGGAGGAGACUUCAGCGCCUUACUGGAGUAGUGGAAAGCAAAGACAUCAUAAGAGUAGACAAUCCUCUGGACUCAACUAAAACUAUUGAAGUUUACUACUCUUCACGGGAAGGCAGAUUUUCGAAAGAAGAGGUUUCGUUUUUCUUAGGUUUCAGCUGGGCUAACCCUAUCGCUUUUGACGUAAAAUAUACAAACAAAGAUAGUAGAAAGCAGUCUGUAGAAGCCAGUGACCCAUUUACAGGCGAUCAUCUCAAGUUUCUACCCAAAUUGGACUUAAUUACCUAUGAAGACUACACCAUGAGAUUAGUAAGACUCAAUAGAAAACUUAAGGAAAUUGCUAAGUUGAGAAAGUGCAAAGAAGACGGCGAAGAAUUGGACGAAAAUCAGGUAACAAACCAACUUCUGAGUAGCAAUAAAUGUUCAAGACCACUUAAUGCAGCUCCACCAGUCUUGAUGAGGUGCAGUACAACUACUGUGUGAAACGUGAUUCCAUCUUGAUUUAACUAUCAAUGGGAAGAUAUUUGGCGGAAAGAUUCACACAGUAGCCGUGCUUUUGUUUAAGUUGUCUUCCACCUCCUGUAGAAUUAUCACUAUUAUUUGGAGUUUUUAAUGUUAUAGUAAGGUUUUUAUCUCUAUUUUUAUAAACAGUUAUUAUUUCAGGUGUCCUCAACUAGCGGUUAUGUUACAUCCCUGUUGACCAAUAAAUAAAGUUAUAAUUAUUAUUAUUAUUAUUAAUAUUAUUAUUAGUAUUAUUAUUAUUAUUAUUAUUAUUAAAAUAAUAUACAGGAACAAUUACUUAAUUCUGAUUGGCUGAAAGAGGAUUGCAGUUCUGUUGUAAUACUGGUGCAAAUUUUUAACACGUGUGUGGUUUCUGAUAAGAUGUUAAAACAACAAAAGACCCCAACGAGUGUCAAUCAGAUUAGAGCGGUAUCAAUAGCAACUUAUUGGUGGAAAAUUAGGCGAUGAAUGUGAUAAUGAGAUAAGACGCGUGGAAAUUGGCUGGGGUUUUCAGCAAACAUCGCUUUGUUUUGCGAGUAAAACAACAAUAGAACUUCUAAAUAAUAUUUCCAAAAACCCGAACACACUAGAGUACGUCUGUUUAGCUGAAUUUAUGGAAAGCCCGGUGCAGAGAGAAACAUUGGUCACAUUGCUAACAAAAUCGAGGUAACAGGUAGCAUACAGUAAAUCCCCCGUUAUAAAACAGUUACAAGAUUAUCAGUCACCUUGCGAUACGUACUCGCAUCGUUUAUCACUUUUAAAUAGCGUUUUGAUUGAUUGGUUCAAUCCAAUAAGGAAAUUAAUGCAAAAGAAUAUCGUCAUCCUUUUUGGGGGUAUUCUAAACGUUUCCACCCUUCUUUUGAAACCUGUAUUAGGCGGACACCCUGUAAUAUUUAGAUCUAGCCAGGACUAAAAGCGAAGCUCUCGAUAAUAGUUAUAGUUUACUCAAACAAAAUAUAAAUGUGUAAUGCUAAGUGGCAAAGGCAACGUGAAAGGCCAAAAAAACAACUGUAGGUCUAAUUACCCAAAAAGCAACUUUUCACGUGCGGCACACUUUUUUUCUACAUUUCUUUGCCGUUGUUUGCACGACUACACCGUGAAACUUCCAGAAACUUCCUAGUUACACGUUUUAUGGAGGAAAUGUCGUACGUCUUGUUUACUUUAUUUUUACUGCCGCUCAUUUUCACUUUGGUGGCCGCUAGCAUUUCUCAUUUUCUCACCGCCUCUAAAAAAUUUUCUUCCAACAAAAAUUGUGUCCUUUGUUUUUUAUCUCUCGCUGUAGCUCUGUCACUCGUUUUCGCGUUGGGCUUCGUUGGCCUGCGCCUAAUUUCUCUUUAUACUUUCUCCUUCCCUCUCCCUUUCUCCAUAUUCCAAAUUUGUGCACAUGACAAUUAAUCUAAGCUUGAUACUUUAGACAACACGGAUACAGAAACAAUUUCUGCUUUCCGUUUUCGUCUUAAUUGACUCUCUAGUUGUCUCUGCCUCAAAAGACGCGGGUGAAUAUGCGAUUUCCCGCCGAAAUAACCUUGAGUUGCAUUUUGGUUGCCAUACUGCUGUUGAUUGAGUUAUUUUACACUGAUACGCCUAUACUGCGGACGGUCGGUCAGUCGGGCGUACGGCGACGUGAUUACCAAAAUUUCUCGGAAGGGCAGAUUACACAUUUUCUUAGGUAUGGGGCUACGCGCGCGUGGAGCUCUGCUUUUAAGGUGGCUCGACUGGAUUUUUUGGGGGGGAUACCUCCCAAGUUUGAGCAUUAACUACGUCGGCAUGAGUAAAGAUAUUGGAAAAAGGUUACCACAACUGUAUUAUAUAAAGAUAAAAAGUUCUUAUGAUCAGGGUUUUAUAGCAAUCGGAGUCGCCAUGGCAACGUAACGACGCCAAUACGUUUUUUAAUUAUCUUUGUGUUUCUCUGUACUAGGAGUUUUUUUGAGAAAUCGCUUAAGGGAGUUUAUACCUGCCAUAAUUGCCUCAGUUAUGGCAAAGUUUGAGCAAAUUCUAUGAGAACGUUUUCGAAAUAUUUUGAAACGAAGUUUUAAGCAUCAUAAAAACAGUGAAAUAGCAUGCUAUCCACACAAUUAGCUAAUAUUUUAAGAAAAUGAUAAACUUUGGAAACGCAGCUUCAUCUCAUAAUGGUUUGAUUCCAUUGAAAACUACGUACAAAAAAGGAGGGGAAUUGCUCUGGGCGAUCACGAGUAAGAAGAAUUUUAUUAACUUGCAUUCAGCUGCUUUUGUUACAGUUUUUGCGCGUUAUUUGGUCCAUUACCACAAAUUUCGCAUUUUUCAAAAAACUGCUCGAUAAUUUUUUUUAUUAAUUUGACAAUCCCGAGAUCAAUCGCCAAUAAAUAUACCCUGCUAGUUUCAAUGACAUUGAAAUCAGGGAAGGCUUUUAAAUAGGGCCUCAAAUAUAACCAAUUUUCCCCCCAGAUUUUGUGUUUACAUUGACUGCCCUCAUUAUUCACUGGCAUUGUUUUCAAGUUUCAUAUGCACGUGCACAUUUAGCAAAAAGAUAGAAUUUGCAUUAAAAAAAGACCCUCGGUUAAAUCUCUGGAAUAUGCUAAUAACCGGGUAAAGAAAUUAGUGAUAUAUUAUAACAUCACAGCAACUCUUUGUAAGAGUUUUCGUGAUGUUAUAACCCGUGUAAGAUAAUUAAGUAUUGCACCCUACACGAUGAGCCGUGACGUUCACCGUUUCAGCUCUCAGUGCUAUCUGUGACACAAGCCAAUUAUUUGCAUACAUGUAUUCUGGAUAUUUCCUCGGAAAGUAAUCGAGAGUUAUUUUUCAGGCACAUUUGUUUCUUUUGCUGGUUGUGCACGUGCAUAUGAAACUUGAAAACAAUGCCAGUGAAUAAUGAGGACGCUCACUUUGCCAUAAUUAAGGCAAUUAUGGCAGGUAUAAAUUCCCUUAAGCGAUUUCUUAGAAAAACUCCUGGUACAGAGAAACACAAAAAUAAUUAAAAAGCGUAAUGGUGUCGUUACGUUGCCAUGGCGACUCCGAUUGCUAUAAAACCCUGAUCAUAAGAAUUUUUCAUCUUUAUAUAAUACAGUUGUGGUGACCUUUUUCCCAUAUCUUUACUCAUGCCGACGUAGUUAAUGCUCAAACUUGGGAGGUAUCCCCCCAAAAAAAUCCAGUCGAGCCACCUUAAGCGUGCAUUAGAGCAUUCCCCGAGGGUGUCCAAUUAAAUCAGGUUUUACUGUACCAAUGAGGGUGAAACGAUGCUGUCCAAUAAUAAUUACGUGCUUGUGCCGUUGAUGUUCAUGGAAAUCUGAUUUAAUUUGCGUGUUUGAUGCUAUUUCCCUUCCAGGAAAAGAAGCUUCAAAACGAAGCUGAUAUAAUAGAAGAGCUAAACGAUUUGAAAGAGAAGUUUGCAGCUUUGGGUGACGCCCAGGAAGAAAUAUUGGAUUAAGCCGGAAGAAUCAAGGAAGCAACAACAGUAGCAGCCGUUUCUUGUACACUUUCCAUGUAUUUUAUACGCUUACAACCAGACUAGUAAUCCUUUUGGUCUUUCGUUCGCUUUUUUUAAAAAGCCUUUCUCAUUAACAAGACGUGCCGCGGGUUUGAUUCAUUACUACAUUUGCGUGUACAAGGCUAAAAGCUUUGGAAAAUACUAUCAAAUUAAAGGAAUCAAGUUUUUAACCUUUUAAAAGAGAUAAAAGAAGUUCAAAAUUCGUUGAGGGCCCUUGAACCCUUAGCCUAUAUCAGAGCUAGUUCAGUUGUCAAUGUCCAGCGGCUAUUUGACCAGUUUGUCGCGAUCAACGUUGAGAAUUUUAGAGGGAACACAAUAACAUUGGAGCGCUGGCUUGUGACAAAAUAUGGGCUCCAAGUGACAUAUGAAUGCGUGAGUUCUUUGAAGUCUUCUUCACUCUUGCCCUGUUCUGCGCGAAAGCGUCUCUUCGAAAAGUUUAAGCAAACCGCCGUGGAGGAGUUUCAUUCCUUUGAUUCUGUGUCAAACGUCAUUUCUGAAUUGCACAGUAAAAGAGAAGUUUUAUCUCUUCCGACUUCCAUGUGUUUGGCAUGUGAGAAUUCCACUCUCUCUGUAAACAAUCAAUGUGAUGUGGUUCUUUACGGAUUGAGUGGAUCUUAUACAGCAACCAAGAUCUCCACACGGUGUCAGUCCUGUAGAAAAAUCUAUAAUUACUCCGCAUAUGGCAAUGUAGCGGAAGGUUGGAAGCUCUACAAAGAAGAAAGAGAUUUGGUAGAGGUCAGCGACGUGUGUUGUGUGAAGAAAGAAACUGCUUUGUUUAGUUUCUGUUUAGUUGAAUUGCCCACUUAAAAGAGUGCAAGGUUAGUGAAUGUAAUGUUUUCCCGUGAGAUAAAAGCGCUACAGGUUAAUUUUUGCGUUGCUUUGUGUCUAUGCAAGCCGUUUAGAUAUAGCAAAAAUUAAAAAAAAAACAAAUGCAAAUAUGCAAAUAUGCAUUGUAAAGCUUGAUCUUAGAAUUAGAAGCAGUCAGCCUCUUGUGUCGUUUGACAACCUGUUGCUGAUUGAUUAUUUUACGCACAAUGGCUGCAACAUGGUCAGUAAAGCUGAGUUCCCUAUCAGUAGUUACACCUAAUAAGUUAAUUGGAUCAAUGGAAUUGAUCUCAUGUUUCUCAAAAUAGUAGAAAGGGUUUGUCUUACAAUUACCCAACCACAUACUCAGGCAAUAGGACAAUUGCACGAUGACGAUAUUUGACUACAACUACCAGAAUUCAUUUCGGUUUUGCUUUGUUAUUUAAAUUUGUCAAUUCCGCUGAGGAUCUCAAGAACAAUAGUCUUAAUUUGCACAAGAAAACAACAAACUCAAGGAUUCUGGUAGUUGUAGUAAAAUGACAUCACCUUGCAAUUGUCCUAUUGUCACCAUUAACUGCAAGACCGUUGGAGCUAAACCAUCCAGUGAAUGCAAGGAGAUCAGCAUUCAUACCUUGAUGUUCCCUGCUAGCAGAGGUCUCUCACGACGAGGCAAAAAUGAGAGAAAUGAGAGAGACCUCUGCCGGCUUCCGACACGUUGUUUGAUGAAGCCGCCGACCAGAUUUCUGGUCGAAUCUUACCGGUUUUUAAAACCGGUUACGUUUAAUGUGUAAUGCGCGUGCCUUGUUAAACUGUACGCUGACAAUUAUUGAGCCCACAGUGAAUUAUGGCUUCCAUGAGAUCAGUGAGUUUCGAAAUUUCUCACUUUGAUCAAGCCAUAAGAUCAUCCGUUUCUAAGCUUGGCGACAAACGUAUAUAUAAAAGAAAUAACUUCCCUACAAAGAAAAGUCUUACUUGGUUUCCUUAAAGGACGCGAUACGUUUGCGUGUCUCCCGACGGGCUACGGCAAAUGUUUAAUUUACCAACUAGCAGUACGAGUGGCGGCCUAGUUAUCUGUUGUUUACAAUUACAAGGAUCUCUUCUCUACAGAACCAGUGGUUUUAGUUGUCUCUCCUUUGAACUCUUCAGCUAAAUCCUUCUAUGAGAACAUCUACAACUUCAAAAAACGCCUUUGCGCUGGAGGUUACCCUCUCAAUCUCAUGGAAAAAAUCACCUCUGAGAUUAAAUUUACCGAACGGAAGUCAGCUUUACAAAGGAACAAUGAAGUGCGAAAGAAAAUUCUGCCUUUCGUUACCACAUACCACCCUGCUUUGCCGAACCUUAAAAACAUUUUAAUGAGCAAAUGGCACUUAAUUCAAGAUCAACCACUACUGAGAGAAAUAUACAACGAGCCUCCGAUCAUUUCAUAUAAAAGAGCAAAAUGGCUGGGAGAUAUCCUUGUUAGAACAAAACUAUAAGGUCACGUAUCACACUAUCACGAGCUUAUGAGUCGUGUUUGGCCUGUCAACACCUUUCACCUUUAAAAUCUAAACCACACAAAAGGCAUCUAACGUCUUUUCCAGACCCAACUGGUUUAACGGGCGUCCGAGGUGACGCGCUUUCCCCAAAUUUGCGAGAUUGUGGAGUUCUCGGCAUCGUUUCACAUUGCGAAGAAUUGUCCACAACAUAUACCCCCGCCUUCAGCUGAAGUUUCGCGCGCAAACCGGUUCUGUGGGUUGUGUCGCACGUGAGAAAAACGUCACUGGUUGUUAAGGAAACGCCAGCGCAUGCGUGAUAGGAAACGCGUCGGAAGCCGGCAGAGGUCUCUCUCAUUUCUCUCAUUUUUGCCUCGUCGUGAGAGACCUCUGCUAGCAGGGAAACCUUGAUGUACUGAAAUAGAGUCAAUACCAGUACAAAAAAGCUGAGUGUCAUGAUCAGCGUAGGCAAAUGUUGUCUAACCCUCUCUUUUAUUGAACAGGGCGAGAGUUAACCUAGGCCUGUCCGCUGAGCAAUCUAAUCUGACCAGAAAACCAUGAUAUCCUACCAUCAAGUACCUGCACGCUGCGUUCUCUUGCCGAAGCGAGGGACUCUUCUUGAACGCCCACGGAGUUUUGUUUGGAAGUUUGUUCAUUUCACCCUCUCACAUCCUCUGCUGUUCCCCUUAUCAGAUAGGGCUUUAGUUUUUCUCAGUUCAACUUCUUUAGGUAAUGUCAUUUAUGACGACAAACUAGGUCC